GGUCGCAAAAAGGGCUGUUAGUCCAUUCGGAAGUGAAAAAAAUCUUACAUUUCAUUUUGAUUGAAGGCAUAACUGAUGCAUAUAUUUAGUUCAACCUCGGGCUACGCCAAAGAAGAGUAAGAGAAUGGCGAAAGUUUGCUUCCGCGGUCCUAAUGAUCAGUGGACCAUUCGCAUAAGAUUCCGCAGGUUCUACGUAAUGUCAUGCGCACUGCGACGGGAGACGGCGUUAAGAAGCGGAUAGUCCAAACGGGAGCGCCGAAAACGAUAGCAUUCGGAACAGACAUCGGAGACGGCCUAUUUGACUUCGAUCCGAUUCAAUCUUAUUACAUAGAGUUUGAAUCAGGUCGCGCGGAGUGGUCAGGCGAUUUUACAACAGAGCGCAGCAGAUUUGAUCGAGUCGAUCAGGUGGCGCUUGGCCCUUACGGGAAGUACCUUAUUUCGGGCAACGGUGCAGAAUGCUGUCGGGCGUGGCGAGGAUUCCCAGGUACAUAUUUCGCAGUCGCUGAAAGCCAAUUUGUCUGA